CAUGGGCAGCUCAAACAAGUGGUUGGGGGCUUGAUGAAAGGCGAGCACAUGCAGUCUGGCACCGGUAACCUAAAGGAAUGACACACUACCUCUAAUUCCUGAUGGCUUUUUCUCCUCCUACUACUGAGAGGUAAUAAAAGGAAUCUGCAGAACCUCAAGAGGAUUGUUUACACUUGGAUGCUGUUGGGGAAACACAUCCAGUCAUUGUGAGAAGAUUAAGGAAAAGUCCAAGGACUUAUAAUUGUACUUACUAUAUUUUUAGGUAAAUAGCUCCACUAUGAAGAUGCUGAAUGUGGACUUACUACUUUUAAGUUUCUGCCUUGGUUUGGAGACAGGAUAUAGUGCUGCGGAUAAGAGACAGUAUCAGAUCCAAAACGGGCCAUGUAGCUACACCUUUCUGCUGCCUGAACAGGAAAACUGCCAAACCCAGAGCAGCAACUACAACUAUCCAGUUCAAAAGGACGGACCCGUGGACAACGACGAGUCGGCUCUGAGGCUGGAACAACUGGAGAUCACCAUGGAGAACAACACACAGUGGCUGCUUAAGCUUGAGAACUACAUACAGGACAGCAUGAAGCAGGACAUGGUCCAAAUCCAACAGAUGGCUGUACACAACCACACAGCCACAAUGAUUGAAAUUGGAACAAACCUGCUGAGUCAAACUGCAGAGCAAACAAGGAAACUGACCAAUGUGGAGGCACAGGUAAUUCAUCAUACAACUCGACUUGAGCGAAGACUUCUUGAAAAUUCCUUGUCAACCAACAAGUUGGAAAAACAACUAAUUGUCCAAACAAAUGAAAUCAACAAGCUGAAUGACAAAAACAGCUUUCUGGAGAAAAAGGUGGAGGAGAUGGAGGAGCUGAGGCAGGUGGAGCUGAAGAUGCUUCGACAAGAAAAGGAGCAGCUUCAGACUCUAAUACUGAGGCAGACGGCCAUCAUAGGCGAGUUGGAGGAGCAGCUGCUCAAAGUCUCCUCCAACAACACUGUACUGCAGCAUCAGCAGCAGGAGCUACUGGACACCGUAAACAACCUCAUUCACACCAUCUCUGUCAGCUCAGCUCGAGAGACCAAAACUGUCAUGAUGCAGGACACUCCUACCACAUUCAUGGACUGUGCUGCUGUCUUCAAGUCAGGAAACACCCAAAGUGGAGUCUAUACUCUCACAUUACCCAACACUACAACAGAGAUUAAGGCUUUCUGUGACAUGGAGACAGAAGGAGGCGGCUGGACAGUACUACAAAAACGCUUUGACGGCCAUGUUGACUUUCACCGUACGUGGCAAGAGUACAAAAAGGGGUUUGGAGAAUCUUCAGGUGAAUUCUGGUUAGGAAAUGAAUUUGUCUCCAGACUGACAAUUCAACAGUCCUACAAACUAAGGAUCCAGCUGAGUGACUGGGAAGGAAACUCUGCAUUCUCACAAUAUGACCAGUUUUCUCUUGACAGUGAAGCGCAAAAUUAUAGGAUACACCUUAAAGGCUACAGUGGAACAGCAGGCAAAAUAAGCAGUAUUGGGCAGCCAGGAAGUGAUUUCAGUACUAAGGAUGCAGACAAUGACAAAUGUGUUUGCAAAUGUUCACAACUGACAACCGGGGGUUGGUGGUUUGAUGCCUGUGGUCCGUCCAAUUUGAAUGGGAUGUAUUACCAACAAGGCCAAAACUCCAAUCGCUUCAAUGGAAUCAAAUGGUACUACUGGAAAGGCUCGGGCUACUCACUGAAGUCCACCACAAUGAUGAUCAGACCAGCAGACUUCUCAGGUUCCCUUUGAAAUGUCUCUCUCAGAUUAAACAAGUGGGAGGGAAAUUCUGCCUGACAAAAAGCAACAAACAACAAAACCAAAAAUAAAAAUUCUCCAGGGAGCCAAAGCACUUAAUGAAAAAUAUCUUUACAUACCUUUUGGAAAGACAUAUAUUGUGCAUGUUUAUGUGUUUAAUAAUUUGAAUCAAAUGGGUUGUUGCAAAAAAUUGUAAUACGGACUGUCAAAAUGUCACUGACAAAUAUCUCUAUUGAAAAUACUAAUGACUGUAGUGUGUAUAGAAAACUAUAGGUAUAGUAAUUACAUUGAGUAAUAACAGCUAGCUAACCAGAGUAAAAUGUGACAUUAAUUUAAAUAAUUAAAUAAUUUAAUUUCUUGAAUGAUUUUAAUGUAGUUUAAGCACCCAUUUAACUAUGUUUUGAAUAAUAGCUGCCUAUGCCAUUGUAAAAAAAAGAGACUAUGGUACAACAUGCAGAUAAACAACUGGCUCAAAGUGAUUGUUAUGUGUUCUGGAAAAUUUUAUGAAUGCCUAAAAUGUAAAUGCAAAUGUAAAAAUGCCACAGAAAAUGUUUCUCUUAAGAUAACGUUUUUCUCCAGAGAAUGUAUGUACAUUUGUUAUUUAAUUUAUAUGUAGAUUUUAAGGUUGAUAUUUAACAUUAUUAUAUAUGAUGGGUGAUUUGUGACAGAUCUUGAGUGUUAGUUCCUAGCUAGAUUUCAUUGCAGAUAAACUCAGAGGAAUUAUUUUAAUAUAAUUCUGCAGUACCUUCCCAGAUGCUCAUACACAACGAUUAUCUUUUUGCAGUCUUUUGAGAUCUUUUUUCAUUUAUGUGAUGUUGCUUUUGAAGCAACAAGCAGAAUUUAUGAGAAAGUGGGGAAGCUGAAUUUCUCACCAGUAAACACUGGCUUUAGAUUUUUAGAGUUUUUGACUGAUGCUCUACCAGCUCUUAUAUACCUAAAGUUGAAUAUUAAACACGACCACAAGGCCUUAAAGUAUCUCUUAGGUCCUUUUCCACAAUUGUCCUGUUCUACACUAUAACAAUGAACAGCCUGGUGAAUGCACAAUUACCAGAUAACCACAACUUUUUCAGCAAUGUUUUAACAUUUCUAGUACAAAAUAAAAAUUCUACAUGCUCCAAAGCUACAUUUUUAUUGUUGCUUUUAACAUGGUUCCACACCUUCUGAAACAUAAAAUUCAAGGACAUUUCAAGGACUUUCCAGGCCCAAUUCCCUCAAAUUCAAGGACCCAACACAGCAUAGUUUGAGACACGGCUCAAGAUUAAUUACUGUUACAACACUGAGAAUUUUUAUAAAGAGAACUAGAAAACUUUACAGACAACAAUUCAAAAGAGAGAGAGGCUUGACUGUGUUAUAGUGAUGUUACUUUAAGUACGAAAAAAAUAUCAAAGAACUUCACUUUCUAUUCUUGCACAAAAUAUAUAAAUCGAAGCACUUUCAAUGACCCAUGUCUAUUUAUGUCUAUUUUCAAAAACUUUCAAGGCCUUGAUUUUUUCCCCUCAAAUUCACAAACUUUCAAGGAUUUCAAGGACCCGUGGGAACCCUGUUAUAAGGUCACUAAUUACAGCAAAUUAAAAUGUAACUCCCAAAUCUUCAGAAGAGUGAUAUAGGUAUAGCUAAUAGUAGGCAAUAUGAAUAAAAUCCUCGAUCACAGUAUAUGUCAUUUUAUAUUGCGAUAUUGAUUUAUGUUGUGACAGUCAAUUUUUGGAAAAAUCUGUUUAUGGAUAACCAGAAGCUAAUGUCUGUUCGGCUAAUUCAGUGAAUUUAACACGUGACAAAUGAAGGUACAGUAAUUCAUCAGAUUAAUAUAAAGAUCUAUUCAAUCCAAUAUAGCCAUGAAGCAUCAUUGAUUUGUAACAUUGCCCUUAAUGAUCUAAUGCAGAGACAUAAAUGGAAAGUGUGAGUAGAACCUUCAUGGUCACAAACAGUUGAGUUAAGGUUAAAAUGGCAAAACUGCUUCACAGAUUGGCCUCACGUAACAUGUAGGUGGUCUUUUAAUCUUACUGCCAAUUCACUGAGGUCAUGCUUCAUUAUUUGAACAGAGGCAUGUCAUUUUACAUUACAAGAUAUGAAAGAGAUGUGAAUGAAAUUCACUGUGAAAAUUGUGUAUUUAAAAAAUAGUAAUGAAUAUCAGUAAAAUCAGUUUUCUAUCAUUAAUAUUGACAAUAGCUGAAGGCAACACCUCGCUCCACAGGGCACAGGAACUGAAUGAAAGAGGUGAGCAUGUGGUUUGCCAAACACUGGAUGCGUCCAUCAGAGUAAAGGAAUGAUAAACAGCCGUGGGGACAUAAAAAAUAGUUUGUCUGUCACAAUAAAAGCCAUCAUGUAAUUUCAA